AUGUCGGACUCGGAGGAGGACAGCCAGGACCGACAGCUUAAAAUUGUGGUCAUCGGCGACGGCGCUUGCGGGAAGACUUCACUCGCCACCAGGUUUGCUCAGGAGGCCUUUGGGAAGCAGUACAAACAAACGAUCGGCCUGGAUUUCUUUCUGAAGAGAAUAAGCCUUCCAGGAAAUCUGAAUGUGACCCUGCAGGUGUGGGACAUUGGAGGCCAAACGUUAGGAGGGAAAAUGCUGGAUAAAUAUGUGUACGGCGCUCAUGGGGUGCUUCUUGUUUAUGACAUAACCAACUACCAGAGCUUUGAGAACCUGGAGGAUUGGUUCACCAUGGUGAAAAAGGCAAACGAGGAAUCCGACAUCCAGCCUGUGGUCUCCCUGGUAGGAAACAAAAUUGACCUGGAGCACAUGAGGACGGUGAAGGCUGACAAGCACCAGCGCUUUUGCCAAGAAAACGGCCUCAUCAGCCACUUUGUGUCUGCCAAGACCGGGGACUCUGUGUUUCUUUGUUUCCAGAGAGUUGCGGCUGAUAUUCUCGGCGUGAAGCUGAACAAAGCAGAGAUAGAACAGUCCCAGAGGAUCGUGAAGGCCGAGCUGGUCAACUACCCUCAGGAUGAAGGCCCGAUUAGACAAGAGAACCGCCAGCAGAGCAAAAUAUGUUCAGUUCAAUAG